AUACAGGAAAUCAGCUUCAUUUGAAGGAAUUGCCUAUGCCUAUAACGACGAACACUUGGGGUCAGAAUGGAUGAAUUUAGAUAAAAAUACUGAGGUAAUGGAUAGAAGACGCCUGAGCGAGGCAUGGUACAAGAAAACCUUUCUAGAGAUAAAAGGAAAUUAUGGGAUGCAACAAAAUAUCGAAUAUAUUUCAUCCGACAAACUGGAAGACGUGCUUGAAUCUGAAAUGAAUGGCCUAUGGAGGACAUUUUCAGUCAAAUGGUCUUCAUCCUUCCAUACCGACAAUUGCAAACACGAAGAAUGCUGCAAAGCAAUUGUUAGAGACGGGCAUAUGAAAGGAACACGUUCAGUGUGCGCGGCUACGGAUGUAAGAACGACAGAAUCCGAAGAGCUUGGUAGCAUUUCCAUGGGUUGCUGGAAAAUGCCAGUGAAAGGAUCACUAUUUUGUGCUGCUCAUAAGAAUGCCAAGAAACCGGAAAAGAAUGAGGCAACGGCUCGAGGUCAGACUGAAGAUUAUUCGGAAUGUAAAACCCUUAAAGAGAAAGGCCAUCUUCAAAAGUAUAAAAGUGCAGGAGUGUGUGCGUCAUUCUAUAACUGCGGCAUUAUAAAUGGCAUAAGAGUUGUACGGUUGUGA